AUGUCUGUUGAAGAAGUCAGUCAAAAAUUAGAAGCUGUUUCUGUCAGUAAUGAUGACACUCCAAAGACCGUCUUAACUGACAGUAAUAAUUUUGAAGUUAAACACCCUUUGAACUCUAAGUGGACUUUGUGGUACACCAAGCCUGCGGUAGAUAAGUCAGAAUCCUGGUCCGAUUUAUUGAGACCAGUUACUACUUUUGAAACUGUCGAAGAAUUCUGGGCUAUUGUACAAAAUAUUCCAGAACCUCAUGAACUACCACUAAAAUCCGAUUAUCAUGUUUUCCGUGGUGACAUUAGACCUGAAUGGGAAGAUGAAGCUAAUGCCAAGGGUGGUAAGUGGUCCUUUCAAUUAAGAGGUAAAGGUAGUGAUAUUGAUGAAUUGUGGCUAAGAACUUUACUAGCCGUCAUCGGUGAAACUAUCGAUGAAGAAGACUCCCAAAUUAACGGUGUUGUGUUAAGUAUUAGAAAGGGUGGUAACAAAUUUGCAUUAUGGACCAGGUCCGAAGAUGAACAAGCUUUGCGUAACAUCGGUGCUAAGUUCAAGCAAGUUUUGAAGUUGACUGAAGAUGGACAUUUAGAAUUUUUCCCUCAUUCUUCUGCUAAUGAAAGACAUGCCCAACCAACCAUUGUUUUAUAA